GUAGAAGAAUGCGUUACGUUAGGGAAACCACAAGAGAAAAAUAUAAUAAAAUUUCUUAAAUUUCUUAGAAAUAUGUUUUGGAUACGAACAUUUAUGAUAAUAGUCGGAACACGAGUUGGAUCUAGUUCUACGGGUUGUGUAACCCAAAAUCCGAACCCAACCCAAUAGAGGCGGGUUUGUACAAAACAAAACCCUCACCCAACCAUAAAUCUUAAUUUUAGCAAUAAAUACGGGUGGGUUGGAUCGGAUGGGUGGGUCGGUUUGUGGGUUGUUUUGUUCACCCCUAAACACUGUUAAAGAAUUGGACGAAAUUGGCUAUUUUUGGUAUUUCGCCUAAAGUGGCUAUAUUUGGUCAAACCGUCAAAAUUUUGGCUACAUAUGUGUAUUUUUCCCAAGGUUGUCAAAUCGGUAGUGGAAUGGUUCGACCGGUGACACAUAUCGAUUUGUGCCGGUUCAUGCCGGUCAAUAUUACAAAUAAAAUUAUAAAUACUCAUAUUUAAACAUGACAUUUAACGUCAAUACCUAAACAUUUAUACUUGAAUCCAACAAAUAACAUCAAUAUUUAACUUUUAUACUCAUAAAAUAAAUAAUAAAAUAAUUUUGCCUUAUAAGGUAAAGGAUAAUUUGGUAAUUGAGCUCGUACCCAUCCUCGGCUCCUCCCCUCCUUCGCAGCCGCUCGUAUUCGUCUUCUUCCCCAGAAACGCCGCUGUUCCAAAUAUCCACUCCACAGUCACCAUUGCCAAUCCACCGACUAGGUUCGCUUCCGUAGUUAGCUUCGAAUGGUUUUGGAAAAAAUCAUGGGCUUUGCCGUGUUUGCUUUGAAUGGCUGGGAAGUUAUAAUUUCAAUCUGAAUGUUUUUGCAGCCCUUCAUUGAUUGGUUCUGCAAUGAAAUGAAUACUAGAGUACGUAAAAAGAAGUCGGAAAUUGAUUGAACUUUGAUGCCGCCUUUGUGUUUGCAAUCUGUCUUUUCUUGAACGAAUGCGAGAGUGAACGAAUGAAAUUGCCUUUGUGUUGCUAAUCUGUUUUUAUGUUAGCAAGUUGGUUUUAGUUGAAUUUAAAUAUAAGUUCCUUUCAUGUUUCCUUCAGCAAGUUGGUUUUUAGCAGUUAAUUGUUUGUUCCUAAUGUAAUUUUCAUUAUCAUGACUAGUGAUUAUAGCUAUGGCGGUAGAGUUGAUGGUAGUGAUGAGAAUGACAAUGAUGGUGAUGAUGAAUGCUAGCUUGUUCCUAAUUGUUUGUUCCUUUUAUUACUGAUGAAGCCUGCUGCUAGCAUUGUGGAACCUUUGAAGAUAAACGGCCGCUGGGUGAAGUAGAGAAUGAAAGAGAGCUCAAAGGCAGGACAGGACAGCUUCUCGCGGCUUUCUCAGACCUUUCUUCCGGGCUCGAAUCUCAACUUCUCCAACUAACAUUUCUCCUGAUUCCAGGUUGUAGAGAUUUGUUUUGGAAGUGGAUGGAUGGACCGAAUGGCGAAUCCAGUACAAGCACCUGCAUUUCUAAACGGUUCAGUAUUUUUUGGAUGCCCAUCUGCCAUAUUGAGGUGGGCGCAUCCUAAGUGUCGUUCUUGUUUUGGAAAGAGAUUGGAGUUCACGAGGAGACGGCUUUUUGCUACUCGUGGAGCUCGACUCUAUUUGCGAGGUGAUUUGGUUGCUGUUGAUCGUGUGAAGAAAAGCUCGAUUGAAUAUGAGACUGGAUACUUAUGUGAAGGGAAAUCGGAGAACUUCCCCCACAUACAAACUCUGAAAAAUUUCCCAAAGGAAGAGCUGUCUGGUAAAGUUGUCAUGGUCAGGUUUGACAGCUCCAUUUUACUUGGGGAGAAACUUGACAAGAACUCGCUGGCUGUCUCUAAUGCGCUCUUCACAGUUCAGUAUUUGCUUGCAACUGCGGAGAAAGUGAUUCUUGUGAGUGACUGGAAGAGGGAAGUGAGUUCCAAGCUUCUUGACUCACAGUCUGUUUCAGAUAUAUUAUCAUCACUUCUCAGGCGAAAAGUUGUUAGUUUGAAAUGCCUUUCCUGUGGCGUGCCGUUCAAGAGGGAACUCCUUGAGGAAGCUGAUAUAUUCCUUCUAGAGAAUUUAUCUGGAUUUAGAAAGGAGGUUGCCAACUGUCCAGAAUUUUCAGAACUACUCUCUUCGGAAGUUGAUGUCUUUGUUAACGACUCCUUUUCCUUGUCUCAUAGAGUCCUGGCUUCAACAGUCGGCAUUUCUCGUUUUUCACCAGCUUGUGUGGCAGGUUUUCAAUUUGAAGAAAGCCUGCGGGAGUUAAAGCGGGUUUUGAACACCGACAAAAGACCAUAUAUUGCAAUUAUUGGAGGGGCUAAUAUCCACGGAAAAGCAGCUGCCUUGAAACGUUUGGUUUCUGAAUGUGAUGGAGUAGUCUUUGUUGGAAUGAUGUCGCUGCAAAUUAUGCAUGCUUUGGAAUAUUCAAUCCCUUCAACUCUUCUUGAACCCGGGUCAUCUGAUGCAGCUGUAGAAGUUAUCCAAUCUGCUCGAUAUAGAAAGAUCCCAAUUAUAACGCCGAAAGAUUUUUGGUGCAUAAAUGAUAGUCUAGGAUAUCAAAUUGAAGUAAUUCCUGCUCAUCGACUGGGAGAAGGUUGGGUGCCUGUUGAUCUUGGGCCUAGGUCUCUUUAUGAAAUGGACUCUUUGCUUUCAAGUUGCAAGAAAGUAAUAUGGAUUGGACCAGUGCAAUUCAAGUCUUCACAUUCAAGUAUUUGUACAGAUGGAGCAUCUCAAGUGGCUCAAAUAGUAGAUAGGUUGGCACAACGGAAUUGUGAGAUAGCAGUUGUGGGGAAUAAAGCAUGCAGCACUAUGAUAAAGGAAUCAAGGUCUUCAGCCAGUUGUUCUGUCAUUGAGAAUGCUUCAGUUGUAUGGGAGGUUUUAAAAGGAAGGAAGCUUCCUGGGUUGUUGGCCUUAGACAGAGCAUUCCCAUUCAAGAUUGAUUGGACAAUGGCUUAUCGUAAUCCUGCUCAACCUUUGGUAGUUGACAUUGGAAGUGGAAACGGACUGUUCCUUUUCGGGAUGGCUUCAAGAAGGAAGGACCAAAACUUCCUUGGCUUAGAGGUUAAUAAAAAGCUUGUUAGGCGUUGCCUGGAUGGUGUUCGUCAAUCUGGGAUUCCGAACGGGUUCUUCAUUGCCACAAAUGCAACUUCGACAUUUCGCUCCAUUGUAUCAAGCUAUCCAGGAGAAGUAGUGCUAGUGUCAAUACAGUGUCCAAACCCUGACUUCAACAAUCCAGAGCAGAGAUGGAGAAUGGUGAAUAGAACAUUAGUUGAAGCAGUGGUUGAACUCCUUGCAUAUAAUGGAAAGGUGUUCCUUCAAUCGGACAUAGAGACAGUUGUGCUGAGAAUGACAGACAUGUUCCUUAGACACAGCAAGGGUAAGCUCAGCAUUGUACGUGAUGGAACAACCAAGUCGAGGCAACAAGGGUCUUGGCUUCACGAGAACCCUUUCGGAGUUAGAUCGGAUUGGGAACAGCACGUUUUGGAUCGUGGCGAUCCCAUGUACAGACUAAUGCUCUGCAAAUCAGCGACAAGCUGAAUGUGUCCAACUUCCAUGGAGAUUGAUUUAGCUAAAAGAUAAUAGUAGCUUCAUGUAUCCGAGGGAUCUAUCGGCUUUGAGUAGUUGAGUUCCUGUGCUUUAAUAGAUAGUUAGGGAUAUUUAGCUGCUUGUCGUUUGUUUCGCCAAUCGAUCUUCUUCCGGACGGACGGCGUCCAAGGAUUGAAAAGGGUGAUCGACCUUCUUCACGUUUCGUUCCGCCGAUCAACGUUCUUCCCGUUGUUACUAGGUAAUUAAGUUGCUAACGCUUAAGUUUGUACGAUUAUAGGAUUUCGGGUUUUUUGUUGCAUGCUUAGUGUUUUGUUUACCUACGUUUUGUCAUUUAAUUGUUAAUGAUUUGGAAGGGUCUGAUUAACUUGUUAUAAUGUCAUUAUCAACGGUUUUGUUAUAAUUUAGAGGGGUCUUAUGAUUUAUGAACGAUGUCGUUAAUGAAUUUUAGGCUUCUUAUUAACGUGCUUAGGAUUUUUUUUUUAACCGCCUAGGGCUUAUGACUCGCUAUUUGUCAUCCUAAAAUUUAAAUUUUAUCGCCAUAAAACACAAUAAAUUGAUAUAUUUACUACUCAACUCAAUUUCAAUUCUAAACAAAAUUAUGUUAAUGUAAAAACGUGGCGUAUACGGAGAGUACAAAUCCACAAGCAAUUAUCAAUGAUGAGGGUCUUAACUUAAUGUUGAAUUGUUAAUGAUUUGGAGGGUUCUUAUUAAUUUGUUAAAAUGUCAAUAUCAAUUGUUUUGAUGCCGAGUUGUUUUUGCGAUAAAUGACUCAUUAGUAAUAUUUUUUAUAUUUAGUUAUAAUUUCAUUUUUCGUAUGAUGUAAUGUCAUUGUUUUUGCAUAUCAUUGAUAAUUAUUAUAAAUUUGUUUGAUCAUGUUACUGAUAGGGUAUGAAACCAAGACUUGGUACUUGAAGAAGGCUUCAUAAGAAGAAUCAAAGAGAAGUCAAGAUAUAGAGGCCAAACCCUCGUGAGAGGAAGAAGACAAGAUUAAGAGACAAGUUGGCACACCUGAUGUCAACAAGGAAGAGGCCAGGGGACACCUUCUGACCAGAAGUAUAAUGUACAGUGAUAGAGAGUCUGAGGUGCAUGGACCAUACAUAUAAUAUUCAUACUUGUAUAAAAAUGAGCGUUCUUCUCAUCAAUGGCAAACUAUCUACAUUUACUACAACUUCUUUCUACUUUCUCUCCCCAACCUCUUCUCUUCUCACACUCUUUCAAGAGGUGGGGCGCCUCCUCUCUUGAGGUCAUGUCUGAUUUCCCAAACCCCUUGUACCCAAAUGACCCUUUAUCGUUUGGAAACCAACAAAUGAACCAAGAAAUAUUUUUUUAAAAUAACCUUGUACUAGAUCAUCUUGUUUAUAGUUUGAACAAAAUAUAGUGUUAAUUUUAUCAUUUUGUUUUAUCGUUUGAAUCACAUCAAUAUUUCAAUUGCAUACGUGGUUUCUGUUGCAUAUGCGACUUUGUUGUCACCUCAUCAAUUUCGACAAUCCAAUUCAAAUCAUUAAAGUGUACAUACAUCAAUCCAAUUCUCUUACAAUCGCAAUUAGUAAGCUCAACUAUUUUUCGUAAUAGAAAAAAAAGAAAAUUCCACAAAAGGAGUCCAUCAUCACCAUUUUUAGGCAAUUUUGAAUGAAGCUACUAUUAUGAACAUGGUAGUUUGAAAAACGUCUAUGGUCGGACUCAGAAGGACCAAAGACGCAAUAUCCAUUAUAGUUGAAGGGCUAAUUUAAAGAAAAUGCAUGAUCUAAUGGACUAGUUACAAGUAUAUGUAUAAUCUAUGCAUUAGCUAGGUAGCUGCUGCCUAGCUUGUAAGAUUGAACCAGAGAUCAAGUUUCAUCAAUAAUUCAAAGGGUAACGCAUCAUAAUGUUCUGUUCUGUUCUGUUCUGUUCUGUUGAAUUGGUGUACUACUGUAGUCAAACAAUGUGGGCAGCAGAUUGCUAGGCUAGCUGCAGGGUCAACUUAUUGUUGUUGUUUUCUGGCCGAAAUAAUUAUAGUUUUGCUGAGAGGUGAAAAAUAGAGACAUCUCUAGGUCCAUAUUAUACAUAAGGAAAAGUGUUGGUGCUGGGAAAUGCAUCCUAGCACCCACAACACAACCCUGACAAUGUGGGGGUUCCCAAUCGUGCUACGGUUCCAUAACCUAAUAACCCCUAUGCACAACUUCUCUUUCAUAUUCGGAGGGUUAAUUUUUAAGUUGAGUUGUGAGCAGUGGUAUAGAAAGUAUUCUACCGUACUGGCUGAUCGAAAAUACCGGGUAUCGAAUCUUAAAAGGUAUGUCGUUUUAGUCGAGUAUGAAACGGUUGAAGUAAUUAAACCACGAUUUUAGUACAAAAUACCUUAUCAUUGACCUUAUACAGUUUUACAAUCUUUGGUGGAAAGAAAUUUAAGUAUGGAUUCUAUUUUUCCACAUUUUCAAACAAAAAUUAACUUUUAAACUUUAAAUUUGUGAUAGACCGCCACCAUACGUCUGCCUUGAAUUAACGAUUAAUAUUGGUGUUCGAAAAGAUAGGAACAAAAAUUUCUCAAUCAAAUAUUCUGAUAGCAUGUUGAAAAUCAAUACACCCAUACUUUUACAAACCUCAUGUGGAAGAAAAAAAAACUAGUAUGUAGCUGCUGAAAAGAUUAAAUUCAGGGGGCAACUUUUGGACUCUAACAUCUAAAGCUGGAUCUUGGCUAUGGCAGAAACCAUUGAAGAUCAGGGAUAAAGUCAGGGGAUGGUUUUCUAUAGCUUCUGAUGGUGUUUAUUGGAAGGGUGAACUUAUGACUAAAUUCUGCAUCAAGAAGGUUUGGGAGGAGUUCCGUCCCAAAAGGAGUUAUGUCACUUGGAAAACUCUAAUUUGGAAAGGCCCUAGUAUUCCUAAGAAUCAGUUCCUGGUUUGGCUAGUUGUCACCGACUGUAUCACCACUGGAGAGAGAGCUUAGGGGUGGGGUGGUUCAGGUGAUUAUGGAUGUGUUUUCUGCUCGUGCAGUUUAGAAACGAGGUCUCACCUCUUUGCUGAAUGUCACAUGUUUAAACAGUUGUUUGCAGCUCUGUUUGCUAACUUUGCAGAUCGAAUCCCUGGAGAUCAAUGGACUUUUGAGCUUCAGUGGGCUACAUCUGCUUUCAAAGGUUCCACAGUCUUAACACAAAUUGGGAAGCUCAUUUGGCAGGCCUUGAUUGCUUCAAUUUGGAGAGAGAGAUGUCUGGUUAAGUUUUCAGGGAAAAAAGUUGAUUUUCAUGAUCUGGUGGUGCGAAUUAAGGGGGAUAUCAGGGUGGUUGCUGAUCCGGGAUUAGUCUGUUUGUAUUUCUGAGUUUCUUCAGGUGAAUUUGGAUAUGUCCCAUGGUUCUGCUGUUCAUAGCUCAGCUGGCUGUUGCCAUCAUUGUAAUUGGUGCUUUUGAUGAAAUGAAAUUCCAACCGAUUC